AUGACUCCGCCAACUGCGAAUCUGAAUCUCGAUGUUGAGGCUAUCUCGGGCAUUUGCGGUUCAAUCUCAAUUGCCUGCUGGGUCGUCGUCUUCUCUCCUCAAAUCAUCCAAAACUUUCAGCGCGGCAGUGCCGACGCCCUCUCAAUUCAAUUCAUCAUUGUCUGGCUUCUUGGCGAUGUCUUCAACAUUCUGGGUGCCGUUCUCCAGGGCGUCCUGCCAACCAUGAUCAUCCUCGCCAUCUACUACACGAUCGCUGACAUCGUCCUCCUCGCCCAGUGCUUCUACUAUCGCGGUUUUACUUGGCGCGACGCCCCGACCCCUGCGCCGAAGCCUACCACCCCGGCCCCUGGUGAACCCAACGAGCGCACUGGACUCAUCGCUCACGAUGAACGUCGCGGCUCAGACUGGUCUGGCCUGUCGCCUGCCGUCCCUCAUAUUGCCGAAGAUGCUGCUCCUCGAACUCCGACCGUCCUUCAGACCAUUGUGUGGAACACCAUCAUCGUGGUGAUGGUCAUUGCCGCUGGUGUCGUUGGCUGGUUCUUGGGUCAGAAAGCUUCUCAUGGCGAAAAUGACGGCGACCAUGAUGAGAGAGGUGAGGAUAGCCUCCACUUUAGCGUUUCUGGCCAAAUCUUUGGAUAUCUUUGCACUGUCGCAUACAUUGCUUCUCGGUUACCCCAGCUCAUCCUGAAUUGGAGACGCAAGACGACAGAUGGGCUUAGCAUGCUCUUCUUCCUCUUUGCUUGUCUCGGAAACAUCACCUACGUCCUGUCUAUCUUCGCCUAUGAUCCCAAGUGCAAGCACGACGAAUGCAGGCCUGGCGAGGCUCGUCACAUCUAUGGCAAAUACAUUCUGGUUAACUUGAGCUGGCUCGCGGGCAGUCUCGUCACCUUUUUCCUUGAUCUGGGUGUUUUCGCUCAGUAUUUUAUGUACAGCAAACCCGAGACUGUCGCAACUCCUACUCGCCGACGAGUCAACGACAACGUUGUCGAGGAGGACGAGUACGAUGACGAGAGUGGUGACGAAGACAGCUGGGAUCAGCGUCCCCUACUCCAGAGGGGCGACUCUGUUUACCACCCAUGA